AUAUGUCCGAUCACCCUAGUUGUCGUUGUUUUUCAAUAGAAGAAAUGGACAGUGUUGAAGAAAUGGCUUCUUCUGGAAUACCGACACGACAAAUUCUCUCAUCACUAAGGCAAAAAAAUCCAGGCCUUCAAGCAAUCUCUAGAAAUGUAUACAAUUCAAUACGCAAGAUUCGAGAAGAAAAAUUGGGAGGUCGUACCAUGGUUCAAGCAUUAUUUGAAGAACUAGGUGAAGGUGAAUUUUUCUACAAUAUAAAGCAUGAUGAAAAUGGUUGCUUGACACAUAUAUUUUUUGCUCACCCUAAUUCAAUCAUUCUCACAAGAAGUUUUUCACAUGUUUUUGUCAUGGAUUGCACCUACAAGACAAACAAAUACAAGAUGCCUUUACUUGAUAUAAUUGGGGUGUCAUGCUUCAAUACCUUUUUCUAUUCUUGCUUUACCUUCAUGGAAAAGGAGAGAGUAGAAGAUUAUGUUUGGGCUUUAACAAUGUUUAGAGAAGUGCUGAGGCCUAAUUGUCAACCGCUGGUUAUUAUUUUCGAUAGGGAAUUGGCUUUGAUGAAUGCUAUACGAGUUGUUUUUCCAAGUGCUACUAAUCUUUUGUGUGUGUGGCACAUUGAGAAAAAUAUAUUGUCAAAUUGCAAGCGUCACUUUGAGGCAAAAGAGGAUUGGGAUGCUUUUAUGUCUUCUUGGAAUGGAGUAAUAAGAUCUUCAAGUGAGAUUGAUUUUGAGAAGAAUUGGAGGCUGUUUGAAGAGUUGUACAAGGAAAGGAGAGAAGUUUUAACUUACAUUGAAAAGACAUGGCUUCCAUUUAAGGAGCAAUUUGUUGAUGCUUGGGCAGAGAAGUUUCCACAUUUCAAACAUCGGGUCUCUUCAAGAGCAGAAGGAGCACAUGCUAAGCUGAAGGCAUAUUUUGGAAGAAUUCGGAUCCCUCACAAUUGUAACAAUGCCUUCUUCAAGGAAGUUGUCAUGAAAGUUUCCAUGCAUGCCUUGAAAGAGUUAUACAAGCAAUAUGAAAUGGUUAAACAUGGGACAAUGGAUCCUUCAUGUACAGGUCACUUUUUGUCAAGUAUGGGCCUUCCAUGCGCACACAAGAUGAUGACUACUUGGAAAGAUGGGGUGCUUCCUAUUUCAUCCAUACAUUCACAAUGGAGGAUCGACUCACUGUCAUUAACUUGUUCAGAUGGGAUGAUGAAUGAGGAGGACAACUUUAAAGAGAUGCGUAGUGAAUUGCAAGAUAAAUUUAAAAAAUGGCCUAUCAUGCAUAAAGGAAAAGCCCAUGCUACAAUUUCUCAACUUGUUAGUGCAUCACUUCAUUCCUUGAGAGAACCAAGCAUUGGCUCAAAACAAAAAAGGGGAUCAAGCUCAACGCAAAGAGAUCCUUCAAGAUUUGAGAUUGUGGAAAAAAGAAGAAAAUGUAGUGGUUGUAAGAAUUCUGGGCAUGAUAUUCGUACAUGUCCCAGCAAGAACAAAGUUAGUGAACAAAUCUCAUAUUCCGUAGCUAACUCACUUGAUGAACGUGUGAUUGGAGGAAUUGACUUGAAUAUGGUACCUGAUUUGGAUUUUGUCUCUUCCUUUAAUUAGAUAAGGCCCAAAAAAAUAAAAAUAAAAAAUAAAAAAGUUUCAAUCACAUGAUGUUUCUUCUUCACUCGUCUUCAUCCAUUCGCGGUCCCUCCGUUCUUCAGUCUCUGUUUGAAUCGAAGUCUGAAUCGUGACUUUGUCCUUCUUUCUCUUCGUUCUUCUUCGGCAGAUCAGCGUAGUUUUGUCGGGGCCGCCAUUUCUGAUGAAGUUUCUGAAAUGGCCGUGGGUCGGUCUCAAUUGGAUGCUGAAGUAAUUAAUUAUGAAAUCUUAGGAGGUCUGGGUUCAAUUGAAUUUUGAAGGUGUUGCUCUGUCCUUCAACCUUUGUCCAUCAUGUAUCUUUUUAAUUUUCUGAGAUUGGAAAUUGUUUUUCAAA